AUAUAUGAAUGAAAAAUAUUAAUUAACUUAAGCAUGCCCUCAAUUUUCUGUAAUGAGUUGCUAUUAAUUGAAUAUCUCUUUUUUUUAUGAGAUUUUUGCUAAAGUUUCAUUUACGCCUAAUUCACAUCGAGUAGACCUUGUUAUUGUGAGAAUUCUUAAUUCAAGAGUUGUAAGGAGGGACUUAUGUCACCACAAACAGAAACUAAAGCAAGUGUUGGAUUUAAAGCUGGUGUUAAAGAUUAUAGAUUGACUUACUACACCCCGGAGUAUGAAACCAAGGAUACUGAUAUCUUGGCAGCAUUCCGAGUAUCUCCUCAACCUGGGGUUCCGCCCGAAGAAGCAGGGGCUGCAGUAGCUGCCGAAUCUUCUACCGGUACAUGGACAACUGUUUGGACUGAUGGACUUACUAGUCUUGAUCGUUACAAAGGACGAUGCUAUCACAUCGAGCCUGUUCCUGGGGAAGACAGUCAAUGGAUCUGUUAUGUAGCUUAUCCAUUAGAUCUAUUUGAAGAGGGUUCCGUUACUAACAUGUUUACUUCCAUUGUAGGUAACGUAUUUGGUUUCAAAGCCCUACGUGCUCUACGUCUGGAGGAUCUACGAAUUCCCCCUACUUAUUCAAAAACUUUCCAAGGCCCGCCUCACGGUAUCCAAGUGGAAAGAGAUAAGUUGAACAAGUAUGGUCGUCCUUUAUUGGGAUGUACUAUUAAGCCAAAAUUGGGAUUAUCUGCAAAAAAUUACGGUAGAGCGUGUUAUGAGUGUCUACGUGGUGGACUUGAUUUUACCAAAGAUGAUGAAAACGUAAACUCACAACCAUUUAUGCGCUGGAGAGAUCGUUUUGUCUUUUGUGCCGAAGCUAUUUAUAAAUCACAGGCGGAAACCGGUGAAAUCAAGGGGCAUUACUUGAAUGCAACUGCGGGUACAUGUGAAGAAAUGAUGAAGAGAGCUGUUUUUGCGAGAGAAUUAGGUGUUCCUAUUGUAAUGCAUGACUACUUAACUGGGGGAUUCACCGCAAAUACUACUUUGGCUCAUUAUUGCCGCGACAAUGGCUUACUUCUUCACAUUCACCGUGCAAUGCAUGCAGUUAUUGAUAGACAGAAAAAUCAUGGUAUGCAUCCGGGCUGUUUCCCUCUCGACGAUGAAGCUUAUCCCCCAUCGUCUCACUGGCCGACCUUGACCCCUGUUAUUUUGGGGUCAUAUCUAGUUUUCAGAGUUUGCCUCGAUUUGGUACCGCUCGCGCAGCCCGCACUGAAACAGUGCUUUACCCCUAGAUGUCCAGUCAACUGCUGCGCCUCAACGCAUUUCGGGGAGAACCAGCUAGCUCUGGGUUCGAGUGGCAUUUCACCCCUAACCACAACUCAUCCGCUGAUUCUUCAACAUCAGUCGGUUCGGACCUCUGCUUAGUUUCAUCCAAGCUUCAUCCUGGUCAUGGAUAGAUCACCCAGGUUCGGGUCCAUAAGCAAUGACAAUCGCCCUAUGAAGACUCGCUUUCGCUACGGCUCCGGUGGG